AUGACUGUGAUGUCUCAAGAAGAAAUGAUGGUGGGUAUUAAGACUGUUGCCCAAGGAUUGGAGGCCCUCAAAAAUGAGUUAACAGCAUCUAAUAACCCUUCUGGUCAAAAUACAAUGCAACCAGAAGAAAAACAGUCAAUGCUCCAAAAAACUUUAGAUAUGACAGAAUUGGGUCUUGGAGAAGCUCAGGUUAUGUUAGCUUUGGCUUCCCAUCUUCAAAAUGUAGAAGCAGAAAAACAAAAAUUAAGAACUCAGGUCCGUAGACUUUGUCAAGAAAACGCGUGGUUAAGAGAUGAGUUAGCAAAUACACAACAAAAAUUACAAGCUUCUGAACAGGCUGUUGCAUUAUUAGAUGAACAAAAUAAACAUUUAGAGUUUAUGGCAUCUAUCAGUAAAUUUGAUGCUGAUAAGACUGAAGAUCAGACUGAAAAUAAACAAGAAAAAUCUAAGAAUGAUGAUCCGGUUGUUGAUUUAUUUCCAGAUGAUGAAAAUGAAGAAAGAAAUACAUUGUCACCUACACCACCAUCACAGUUUGCUCAACAAGUAAAUGCUGGAGCUGGUUAUGAGAUUCCAGCACGUUUAAGGACAUUACAUAAUUUAGUGAUUCAGUAUGCGUCACAAGGAAGAUAUGAAGUUGCUGUCCCAUUAUGUAAACAAGCUUUGGAGGAUUUAGAAAAAACAUCAGGCCAUGAUCACCCAGACGUAGCUACCAUGUUGAAUAUUUUAGCUCUUGUCUAUAGAGAUCAAAACAAGUAUAAAGAUGCUGCUAAUUUACUGAAUGAUGCUUUGGCAAUACGUGAAAAGACUCUAGGAGAAAAUCAUCCCGCUGUCGCAGCAACAUUAAACAAUUUAGCAGUACUUUAUGGGAAACGAGGUAAAUAUAAAGACGCUGAACCAUUGUGUAAACGAGCUUUAGAAAUCAGAGAAGCAGUAUUAGGUAAAGGACAUCCAGAUGUAGCUAAACAAUUGAACAACUUAGCCCUGUUGUGCCAAAAUCAAGGUAAAUAUGAAGAAGUAGAACGAUAUUAUCAACGAGCAUUGGAAAUAUAUGAAAAGAAGCUAGGACCAGAUGAUCCCAAUGUAGCUAAAACAAAAAAUAAUUUAGCUUCCUGUUAUUUAAAACAAGGCAAAUAUAAAGAAGCUGAAAUACUAUAUAAACAGGUGUUAACUAGAGCUCAUGAAAGAGAAUUCGGAACAAUAGAUGGCGAUAAUAAACCAAUAUGGCAGGUGGCUGAAGAACGUGAAGAAAAUAAAAACAAAAGUACAGGUGCAGCACCAUAUACAGAGUAUGGUGGUUGGCAUAAAGCUGCUAAAGUAGAUUCACCAACAGUAACUACCACACUUAAAAAUCUAGGAGCGUUAUACAGAAGACAAGGAAAAUAUGAAGCUGCAGAAACUCUUGAAGACUGUGCAUUACGUUCUAGAAAAGAGGCUUUUGAUAUAGUAAAACAAGCCAAAGUUGCACAGAUUCUUAGUGGAUCAACUAGUAGUGUAAAUAGUAAUGACAGGAGAAACCGAUCAAGUCGUUUGAUUGGUUCUAGGGAAUCAUUGGAGUAUGAUACCAGUUCUACUGGAACAAAAUUAGACGAGAGCGGGGCUGAGUUGGGCAAACAAAGCGGCUUGAAAACAAAACUAUUCAGUGCUCUAGGGCUGAACAACUCCUCUUCUGCCUGA